AUGCCGCCACGAGGUACGGCGCGCUCCUCUGCCUCGCGUAAUCAGGCAUCCUCACCUCCAAAAGCACCGACAGAUUCCCAGAGCCCAGUUGGACGGCGGACAAGAUCCAGUCGAAGUCGCAGCGUUGAUCCAGAACACAAGGAAGCUUCUACAAACACAAAACGAAUAAGCAGGAGGGGAGAGCGCGAAACCAGUGUGAGCAGUAUUGAGAGCGGCAGGAGUGCUUCUAGCACAGGAUCUCGCGCCAGAAAGCACACCAGGAAACCUGCUGUCAAUCGAGAUCUCUCUAUCGUCGCGGAAGACAAUGAAGGUGACGAGGAGGCUGGAGGAUUCGAGCCGUCUGACGAUGAUGACAGUCCAAUUGAAAACGUCGAAGUACAAAACCAGGGCCAGUCGCCGGGUGCCAUGUCACAGAUGUCCGGAACUACAGCUAUAACAUCAUACUCGGCACAAGAAAUCGCGAAACUGGAUCCAAUAAUGGCAGAGAUUCUCCCUGAGCUUUUGGAAAGCGCUUCCAAAAUCCUAGAGCAGCUUGCUCCAGUUGGUGCAAUUGAGACUGAGGAGCAGGUAAACGCGAUUGUGAAAGACUUGAAAAUACUCGGAUCACGGCGCGGAAAACACUUACGGCUUCAUGAGCAACGAUUCAUGGCAGCGAAGGCCUAUUACGGCGGCGAUAUAUAUAUCCAAUCUUCCUUCGUUCUCCGAAAGCUCCUCGGAACAGACAAUCCUGAGCAAGGAAAUUUUCGCCCAGAUCCCGUCAUUCACGCUGCUAAUCUCGCAACUCUUUUGUCAGAAUUCCUGGUUUUGCAGCCAAGAGAACGGAAAGCCAAGAGCACUCUUCAGGGCGUAUGCAGAAUAUUCCCAGAAGCAUUUAUAGGCAAAUUUGACGAAUCUGAAGUUGUGGGAGAUGAAGAUCUAGUGGACGAGAAUUUUGACCUGGCUCUAGACCUGUACACUCAAGCAGCCAUUGUGAACUUGUCACGGAUGGAAGAGGAUGGAGCCAGGUUCACACCUGACCAAGCCCUUGCGGACGUGUUCUACGACCAAUACGACCAGGCAGAUCAAAAUGGUCGUUUCGCAGAGCUGACAGACGGUGGCGUACUAAAGAACAUAUUACGGCCCGGCCAGACAUAUUCACAAACUCAAGUCGACAUGAUCCAAGAGAGACUGGGUUUGCUCAGUGCCACAAUUCGUUAUAGCGAGGAGGCUCGCCAAGCAGGUGAUUUAGUUGAUUUCGAUCAGCUGAAUGAGAUGUUUCCCUGGAUAUCCUUCAUAACCCAUAUGGUUCAGUGGAGUCGACGGCGCUUUACCGAAGUAUCUGAAGCCGUCAGUGGACAAGGAGGCAUCGAGGAGAUUACACAGUCUCUCAUAGAGCUUAUCCAAACCAAUGAUAGUCAAGCUGAUGUUCGGUACGAUGCACCACAGCCUGCUACCAGAAAGCGGGAGCUACUACCAGCAGCUGACAUCACGCAAAGUGGUAACCAGAGUUUCUUAUCGGCCGGUUCUGUUCAGACCCUUAUGCGACUGAAGAAAAAGACGAUCGGCAAUUCAUCUGUCCAGGAUCCUCCUAUUUCCCAAGAAUCGUCGUCUCGCCCCCAACCGCGCUCUACGAAAGCACGAUCAGCUCCAGUGCCAGUCCCCAUUCAAGGCAAUAGGAAUACAGACUCUGUGCAAUCACACGACGAUGAUUACCAGGCGAUUAUCGAUGAAGACUUGGACAAUCGACCACGCUCCACAGCCGAGUACACCGCUGCUUGGAACGAGAACAGCAAAGAGAAAAACAAAGAAAACCACAAACCAAUGGCAAGCAAGCGAAGGCUCAUAGAUCGUCAGCCAGAUGCAGAGAAAGUGGUUUGGGACGAAAGUCAGGACAGUGUAGCUCGUCAUUCACCUCCCAAGAGGACACGGGCUGAAAGCCACCACAGUGACGAGAGUGAAGAUCAAGGUUUUCAGGAGGAUCAACGACACAUCGAUCCCGAUCGAAGAGCUAUUGCACCUCCUGGCCCUCGCUUCUCUCCUAUCCAUGAUACAUCGCCUCCUAAGAAAAGACAGCGUGUCCACCAGGAAAUGAGCCCUCGUGGUGAUUCGAAUCGUGCUGAGGCUCAGAGGACGUCGGAAAGAGUAGAGCCCGAAAGGAGAAGAAGCCAGGUCUCAGACGACUCGGACACCGAAUCGAGCGGAGAAACACCACCUCCGACAGCUUCUGAGAUCAGUAUAGCCGCCCGUUAUGCCACAGCCAAAGCGAAGGGCGUCCAAGUACCCAAGGGCCGCAGAGCUUGGUCGGAUCGGGACUCGAACCUCUUAUCACGCCGUAUAGAAAAAUAUGGUUGUGCGUGGUCUACGAUUCACCAUCUGGGUAAAUGGGAUGUUCAACGUGACCAGGUGGCUCUCAAGGAUAGAGCGCGUAACAUGAAAGUCAACAUGCUGAAGACCGGCCAGCCGCUCCCCCUGAAUUGGGAACAGGUACCUCUUGGGAAGAAGGAAAUUGCGUCGGUGAGAGCGAAAUUUCCCGACUAUGAGCCUUAA